UCUGUUAUGGCUCACAUUGUUACUUCUUCAUCAAGGCUAUGCAUCAGUUCCAGUGGUCACAGCUGAAGUUGGUCAAUCUGUGACUUUGAUAUGUGAGUUUAAUAUGAAAUAUCAGAGCAACACAUGGAUUUACUGGUAUAAGCAAAGUCCUGGAGAUACUCUGAAUUUAAUCGUAAUGCAGCAGAGAACAACAACCUCAACCUAUGGAUCACAAUUCGAUGCUUCAAGAUUCAAUGUAGCAAACACCGGGGACAGCAGCAUUCUUAAAAUUUUCAAAACAGUUCAACAAGAUGAGGGAAUGUAUCACUGUGCUCAAAGGGAUACACUUGAAUCUACAUGGAAUGGGACUUAUUUAUCAAUUAAAGGAUAUAAGAGGACAUCAAACUACACUGUUGUUCAACAGCCAACGACCUCUGGUUCCAUCCGUCCAACAGGCUCAGAGACUCUGCAGUGUUCGGUCCUCUCUGACUCUGAGAACACAACCUGUUCAGGAGAACCCAGUGUGUUCUGGUUCAGAGCCAAAUCAGAAAAGUCUUUUCCUGACAUGAUUUACAUUGAUGGAAAAAGAUCAGAAAACUGUGACAAAACAUCUGACUCUCAAAAGAAAUGUUUUUAUAACUUCUCUAAGAAUAUCAGCUCUUCUGACUUUGGGACUUACUUCUGCGCUGUGGCCACAUGUGGACAGAUAAUAUUUGGAAAUGGAAGUAAUCUGGAAACUGAAGGAUUCAAUCUGGGAUCAAAGAAGGCCAUUAUAAUUAUUUUCUUCCUGUCUGCUGCCUUGACCAUAAGUCUGAUUGGUAUAGCUGUCCUCAUAUGCUCCAUCAAAAGUAACAAGUGUGGACAUUGUCAAGAAGCCGUUAUCCUGGACCAAAACUGUGGCCAGAAAAUGCAACAGAGAAGAGAAGACAGAAGGAUAUAUUCUGCUGCUGUUUUCACCCUGAUGAAACCUGACAGCACAAAGAAAACGGCAGAAAGACAGAUGAUGUUUGCUGCGGUAAAGGCCUUCGGAUUUUAAAAAAGAUACCCUUUGACCUUUGUGUUGAUUAAUCCAGUUCAUGAUUGUUUUGAACUAUGUUUUAAAUCACAGAUUAAUUUUGAUUAAACUGUUUGCAAUUGCUUUUACUUAAUUUAGGCUUUUUUUUGUUAACAUAGACAUUGCUGAAAUCAGGCUAUUGUUGUGAACACAUACUGUACAUAAUGUGGUAAUAGAUGUGGUAAUAACAAAAUAGUGCUUCUGGAUUGUUUAAUUGUGUUUUAUGAAUUUGAGUAAAGACAUUUUUGCAUUUUAACAAACAAUGAUAUGUUGUCACAUUGUUUAUAAUGUGUUUUUGUUUAUUUGUUUUCUGGUUUUGGUUUUCAAAUCAAUAUGCUCACUGACUUUGUUCUGUUGUGUGCAUUAGACAUUUUGUAGUAGCUUUACUCACUGUAUGUCUAGUGUAGUGCCAGUUCAUGCAUUGAAAAUCAACAACUUUGUUUCUUGCCCAACAUGUUAGAUGUUUCUUAUUUCUCAGUACCAAUUUCUUAUUGUUUGUUGUUCUCAUAGGUUUUCUUUCAAAU